AUGCUGGCUUUCUUAGUUGGACUUUUAUACCUAGUGAGUGGACGCACGGUGCGCGCUCAGGAUGCGACAGGUAGCCGCUUCUUCUGCUCCGCCAUCCCAGCGGGGUCCGACCCCAGCUGCUCGUUCGACCCCAAUGGUAACCGGGUGCAGAGCACCAGCCCCGUAGAGGACGAGCUACGGAACACCAUCCUCCAACUCCGGGAGACCAUCCUCCAGCAGAAGGAGACUAUCGUGAGCCAGCAGGGCACUAUCAAGGAGCUGAACUCCAAACUGGCCCGCUGCGAGGCGGCCGCGGAGGACACUGCGGGCAGGUCCAGGGGCCAGAGCUCCAGGCGGAAGGACUACAGUAAGAACACCAUGGGAGACCUUCCCAGGGACCCCACGGAAACUAUAGACCAGCUGGGAAAGACCAUGCAAGGGCUCAAGGGUCGGCUGGAGAAUCUGGAGGUGAGAUAAGGAUGCUAUAGUGGCUACAGUAAAUUAUAAACAUUUUAGUCAUUUAGCAGACGCUCUUAUCCAGAGCGACUUACAGUUAGUGCAUACAUUAAUUAUUAUAAUUUUUCAUACCCCCCGUGGGAAUUGAACCCACAACCCUGGCGUUACAAACGCCAUGCUCUACGAACUGAGCUACAUCCCCUGCCGGCCAUUCCCUCCCCUACCCUAGACGACGCUGGGCCAAUUGUGCGCCGCCCCAUGGGUCUCCCGGGCGCGGCCGGCUACGACAGAGCCUGGAUUCGAACCAGGAUCUCUAGUGGCACAGCUAGCACUGCGAUGCAGUGCCUUAGACCACUGCACCACUCGGGAGAUACUAGGAAUAUGAUAUCAUUCAUGUCAAAUGUUUUUUGUUUGUUAUUAUACACUGUAGCAUUUUUGUAUGGAGGUUAAUCACCCCUAUAUGAAUAUGGAUGUUUGUGGUUAUAGCUACAGUCAAUUAUAAUGAUCAUGCUUUUCAUAUAGCUCUUACAUUCUGUAUGGAGGUUACUCACCUCUUUUACCCUUUCACCACAAAUGUGUCGCACCCACCACAUCAGACAUGUCUGAUAUUGAAUGUAGCAUACAGGAUAAGACCACCCAUUUUCUCUUCCUUAAGAUCAAAGGGUAAUGUACUGUAGCAUGUCAGAAGCAUGCUGCUUAUCAUUGAUGAAUGGAAGCAUCUGAUAUGAAUAGACAAUCAGCAACACACAAAUUGGUGUCGACAGUGUCAGGCACCAUCCGUUGAGAAGUCGAGCAGAGAUGUGUAUUUUCAACAAUUCAUAUUCAUAUUUCCAUGCAACACCACAUGCAGUCUUGUCAUUUUUCCAACUGCUUGUGCAAUUUAUGCCACAAAUCAUUCAAACAUUUCCACUGGCUCUGUAUCCCCUGUAUCAUGGAUGCAGUCCUAUCUACGUAGCAAAUAGAAGAUGAAAAAACAGCCUUUUGUGGUUAUGCCAACCAUAGAAUCAAAUUAUAAUUCUAUGAUGCCCACAGCUUGGUUAGUUAAGGUGAUUAGUCUCAUUAAUCUAUUCUAUUGGUUUCACAAUCAAAGUCAUGUGGGAGUGGCAGCCCCUGGAAUAAUCAUAAUCACACAGAUAUAUAUUUUUCUGGUGCCAGUGACUGAGUGUGCUGGUCUCACGUGGCUUUAUGAUGAUCAUAUCUCUGGUUGUAUCCAAAAUGGCACCCUAUUACCUUUGUAGUGUACUACUAGGAAUAGGGUGCUAUUUGAAACACAGCCCAUAUCUCUCUGAUAAUAUUGAGGUCUUGCAUGUUAUCGUAACUGUGCAAUCCGUUUGCGGCUGAUGUAACCUUUAUCUAUAAGCACCAAUCCUUUAUGUUGUUAGUAGAUAUAACACAUGAUUGCACAGUGUGGAAGAAAACUGAUAAUAAAUAUGGGAAUAAAUAUGUUUACAUCUCUCUCCAUCUCUCUCUCUCUCUCUCUAUUUCUCUCUCUAUUUCUCUCUCUCCCUUUCUGUCUCUCUCUCUCUCACACUCUCUCUCCACAUUUAUGCUUAAUGCAUGACAAAAAAAUGGUGAUAUAGGAUAUUCCAUCUGUUUUUUUAUCACUCUCAAAAUCUUAUGCACAAGGCAAAUUACAUCCUCUGGGGUUAGACCCCUCAUAAAUAAGCAGGACUAAUUCAAAUGAAUGAUUUUCAAAAGUGUGCUUGUGUGUGUUUGUUUGUAUGUUUGGGGUGCUGCACUUAAUUAUUGCCCCAAGGGGUCCCCGAAAGGACCUCCCCAACAUAUAUAUCGUCCCUGUUCCUUGAUCCUACCUCCAUUCUGAACACAGCAGAACACAAACUGUGACUGAACAACAGAACGUCCGUAUAAGGGAUUAACUCUCUCUCUCCUCCCUCCAUCGCAGCAGCAGCAGUUGCGUGCCAACACGUCAGUGGCAGCAGCAGCAGGUGUGGGUGGGAAUGCAGUGGGGCCCCUACCGGCGGAGCUGCGGGAGCUGCUGAAGCACCGUUUGGGGGCCCUGGAGGGCCAGCUGCUGAGGAAGGUGGCCGAGCUGGAGGAAGAGAAGAGCCAGCUGUACAACGAGACGGCUGCCCACCGUCAGCGCACUGAGAGCACCCUCACCUCGCUGCUUGAGAGGAUCACUGAGCUGGAGAGAAGUAAGGGAUAUGUUCUCACUGACCCUCCCUUUCUAUUUCUAAUCCUCACUCUUUCUCAGUCUCCAUCCUUAUUUACCCAGGCCAGAGGAUCACAGAGCUGGAGAGAAGUAAAGGAUAUGUUCUCACUGACUCUCCCUCAGUCUCCAUCCUUAUUUACCCAGGCCAGAGGAUCACAGAGCUGGAGAGGAGUAAAGGAUAUGUUCUCACUGACUCUCCUUCGGUCUCCAUCCUUAUUUACCCAGGCCAGAGGAUCACAGAGCUGGAGACGAAGUAAAGGAUAUGUUCUCACUGACUCUCCCUCAAUCUCCGUCCUUAUUUACCCAGGCCAGAGGAUCACAGAGCUGGAGAGGAGUAAAGGGAGCUGUAUGCUCUCAUUCUCACCCUCUCUUUUUCCUCAUUCUCUCUUUCUCUUUUACACUUUCUCUUUCUCUCUCUCCAUCUUUAUUUACCCAGGCUAGAGGGGAUCGCAGAGCUGGAGAGUAGGGGGUUUAUUUUCUGUCACUCCCCUCGUUCCCACCCUCACUCCCUUUCUCCCUCUAUUUUUGCAGGUCCCCAAAAACUAACCUCCCCUUGCAUCCUCUCUCUGUGGCCUUCUCUUCCUGUUUCUCUUUCUUUGAUUCUCACACCCAUUCUCUGUCUCUCUCUCUCUCGCUCUCUCUCUCUGCCUCUCCUUGUUUAUUUUCUCUCUCUGUUGGAGAUCAGAAAAUAGCUGGAGAGAAAUUCAGGGACCUCAUCAUCCCUCUUGAACCACCUUUGACUACAGACCGAACCACUCACAUUCUGACUCUGACUCCCUUUUCCUCCUUAUUUUGGAUACUACAACACACAUUCAUUAUUCAGGAUCCCCAAUAGCUGUUACUAUAGCAGCAAGGACUUAUGCUGAGAUUUGGGUGGGGAGGCAGAGACCGUCUGACCAUCUGAUCUCUGUCAUUGAUCAGGCUCUCUCCAUGCUCCCGAGUCUUCUCAUUUUGAUUCUGUCCCUCUCUCCCUCUAAUUCAUUAUUUUAUUGCAUUCUUCUCUGUGUUUCUCUCUCUUUUGCUCUCACUCUCACCUCACUGCCUCCAGAAAGACAGACAGUCUCUGAUUCUCUCUCGCUCUCAUUGUAACAGAUGUGUAUACAACAUGCUGUCUUACUGACAUCUCAUCAAUGUUUCAAUUAAGACUGGAAGCCAUACAUGCUGUUAUUAUUCCACCAACCAGUGCCCAUCCACAUUUGCAUUAAUGUUCAAUCAUCAUCAUAACGUAUUCCAUUAAGCAGACGCUUUUAUCCAAAGCAACUUACAGUCAUGCGUGCAUGCAUUUUACGUAUGGGUGGUCCAGGGAAUCGAACCCACUAUCCUGGCGUUGCAAGCGCCAUGCUCUACCAACUGAGCUACAGAGGACCUCAUCAUCAUCGAGUGGAGGCUCAUCAGAGGAGGAAGGGGAGGACCAUCCUCCUCAGUGAAUUUAAUAAAAAUAAAAAUAGUGAAACAUUAAAAAAGUUUUCAUUUUUAGAUAAAACUAUACUAAAUAUAUUCAUAUGUCACCAAAUAAUUGAUUAAAACACACUGUUUUGCAAUGAAGGUCUACAGCAGAUCAACAGCACUCUGUAAGGUAGGGCCAUGGUGUAGCCGGAGGACAGUUAGCUUCCGUCCUCCUCUGGGUACAUUGACUUCAAUACAAAACCUAGGAGGCUCAUGGUUCUCAUCCCCUUCCAUAGACUUACACAGUAAUUAUGACAACUUCUGGAGGACAUCCCCCUACCUAUCAGAGCUCUUGCAGCAUGAACUGACAUGUUGUCCAUCCAAUCAAAGGAUCAGAGAAUUAAUCUAGUACUGAAAGCAUAAGCUACAGCUAGCUAGCACUGCAGUGCAUAAAAUGUGGUGAGUAGUUGACUCAAAGAGAAAGACAAUAGUUGAACAGUUUUCAACAAAUUCAUUUCUUCAAAAAUGAAGGAGGAGCAAGAGAGAGAGAGAGAGAGAGAGAGAGAAAGAGAUCUAUAUUUCGUCAAUUUUUUCCCUAUUUUGUUGCUGUCAUGCCCUGACUCAGAGGACGCUUAUAUGUUGAGUCAGGGUGUGUAUAUUCCUUGUUGUGAUUUUCUAUGUUGUAUUUUCUAUGUUUAGAUCUAGUAUGUCUAGAUCUAUGUUGGCCGGUGUGGUUCCCAAUCAGAGGCAGCUGUCGCUUGUUGUCUCUGAUUGGGGACAAUACUUAGGCAGCCUAUUGGCACUAGUGGGUUGUGGGAUCUUGUUCCGUGUGAGGUUUGUUGUGUGUACCUUAGGACGUCACGUAUCGUUGGUUUAUUGUUUUGUCGUUGUGUUUAUUCGUUAAAUAAACAUGUUUGCCUAUCACGCUGCGCCUUGGUCUGACCCGUCGAUGAACGAACGUGACAGUUGCAUUACAACCUGUAAUUUAAAUUGAUUUUUAUUUGGAUUUCAUGUAAUGGACAUACACAAAAUAGUCCAAAUUGGUGAAGUGAAAUGAAAAAAAUAAUGUGUUAAAAAUAAUUCUAAAAAAUAAUAACAGAAAAGUGGUGCGUGCAUAUGUAUUCACCCCCUUUGCUAUGAAGCCCCUAAAUAAGAUCUGGUGCAACCAAUUCCCUUCAGAAGUCACAUAAUUAGUUAAAUAAAGUCCACCUGUGUGCAAUCUAAGUGUCACAUUAUCUGUCACAUGAUCUCAGUAUAUAUACACCUGUUCUGAAAGGUCCCAGAGUCUGCAACACCACUAAGCAAGGGGCAUCACCAAGCAAACGGCACCAUGAAGACCAAGGAGCUCUCCAAACAGAUCAGGGACAAAGUUGUGGAGAAGUACAGAUCAGGGUUGGGUUAUAAAAAAAUAUCAGAAACUUUGAACAUCCCACGGAGCACCAUUAAAUCCAUUAUUAAAAAAUGGAAAGAAUAUGGCACCACAACAAACCUGCCAAGAGAGGGCCGCCCACCAAAACUCACGGACCAGGCAAGGAGGGCAUUAAUCAGAGGCAACAAAGAGUCCAAAGAUAACCCUGGAUGAGCUGCAAAGCUCCACAGCGGAGAUUGGAAUAUCUGUCCAUAGGACCACUUUAAGUCGUACACUCCACAGAGCUGGGCUUUACGGAAGAGUGGCCAGAAAAAAGCCAUUGCUUAAAGAAAAAAAUAAGCAAACACGUUUGGUGUUCGUCAAAAGGCAUGUGAGAGACUCCCCAAACAUAUGGAAGAAGGUACUCUGGUCAGAUGAGACUAAAAUUGAGCUUUUUGGCCAUCAAGGAAAACGCUAUGUCUGGCGCAAACCCAACACCUCUCAUCACCCCGAGAACACCAUCCCCACAGUGAAGCAUGGUGAUGGCAGCAUCAUGCUGUGGGGAUGUUUUUCAUUGGCAGGGACUGGGAAACUGGUCAGAAUUGAAGGAAUGAUGGAUGGCACUAAAUACUGGGAAAUCCUUGAGGGAAACCUGUUUCAGUCUUCCAGAUUUUGAGAGUGGGACGGAGGUUCACCUUCCAGCGGGACAAUGACCCUAAGCAUACUGCAAUAGCAACACUCGAGUGGUUUAAGCGGAAACAUUUAAAUGUCUUGGAAUGGCCUAGUCAAAGCCCAGACCUCUAUCCAAUUGAGAAUCUGUGGUAUGACUUAAAGAUUGCUGUACACCAGCGGAACCCAUCCAACUUGAAGGAGCUGGAGCUGUUUUGCCUUGAAGAAUGGGCAAAAAUCCCAGUGGCUAGAUGUGCCAAGCUUAUAGAGACAUACCCCAAGAGACUUGCAGCUGUAAUUGCUGCAAAAGGUGGCUCUACAAAGUAUUGACUUUGGGUGGGUGAAUAUUUAUGCACGCUCAAGUUUUCUUAUUUUUUGCCUUAUUUCUUGUUUGUUUCACAAGAAAAAUAUUUUGCAUCAAAUGAUACAACACCCAAAUGAUACAACCCCCAAAAAAAUCCAUUUUAAUUCCAGGUUGUAAGGCAACAAAAUAGGAAAAAUGCCAAGGGGGGUGAAUACUUUGAGGUGAGAGGAGGAGAGCGCGUAGAUGCGAGAAGGAAUACAACGAGCUGUUUGUAUGUGGCUAUGAAAGUAAACUUUUUGCGUGUGAUCAGGGAUGUAUUCAUUCUGCCGAAUGAAGCAAACAGAAGCAAAUGGAACAAAACGGGGAUAAACAUACCUGAAUUCGUCCAAUAGAAACUCUUGUUUGCAACUGUUGGACUAAUGAUUACACCCUAGAUCAGCUAGAUGCAGGCAAGAGUGUGUCACUGUCUGUCACCUCAAAUCUUUCUUUUGACCUGUGUGCACCUAUGUUGUAAACUUUCAUUCAUAGGCUAGGUUGUAGCAACCUCAUGAUGGUUAUAGGGAAAAUUUAAGUAUCAUGUAGUAGCCUAAACCUAACGAUGUUACAUUGAACUGGGUGAAUGGAAUAUGAAUGACAGUCAUCCAGUAUGCUGUAAUAGAAAUAAGGCCAUGCUCAUACAUUUUUUUAUCAUCCUCCCUCAUCUUAAACGGCACCGACAACCACUGUCAUCAUCAUCAUCACCAUCACUAUCACCAUCACCAUCACAGUCCCCUGUAGCUCAGUUGGUAAAGCAUGGCGCUUACAACGCCAGUGUUGUGGGUUCGUUUCCCACGGGGGUCCAGUAUGAAAAAUGUAUGCACUCACUAACUGUAAGUCGCUAAAUGACUAAAAUCUCAAAUGUAAAAAAAUGACCAUCACCAACAUCCAACCCUUACAGCCAAUUUACGACAGUCCAAUAUCGUCAAAGUCAACGGCCCACUACCCAUUCUUUCUCAUUGGCUAUAUAGUGGGCCAACAGUGGCAGUAGACACUACUAACAGUGGAAGGCUGUCUGUCUGCUUUGGACAGUGCACUUUUGGGCUACUACUAUCAUCUGAUAUCGACUUGCUUACAAUAGUGUGGUGGCCCACAGCCACCAAUGGUCCGAUAAGAGCCCCCUAUGUGGGCAGACACAGUGGUGUAUGUCAACAGUGCAGGUCAUGACCGAUGAUAAUCAUUAUCUAAUCAUUUCCACACCUCUGUUUGUCUUCAGGUAACAACGCAUUUAAGUCACCCGAGGAUUUCAAGGUGUCUCUCCCCCUGCGCACCAACUACCUGUACGGACGCAUCAAGAAGAGUCUCCCUGAGAUGUAUGCCUUCACAGUGUGUAUGUGGCUGAAGUCCAGCGCCAGUCCUGGUAUAGGAACCCCCUUCUCCUACGGGGUGCCAGGACAGGCCAAUGAGAUCGUGCUCAUUGAGUGGGGCAACAACCCCAUAGAGCUGUUGGUCAACGACAAAGUAAGUCCUAGUCUUUUAUUAAUUGUCCAUUCCAAAAACAACUCCUGGGCUACGGCGACAAAAUACUAAUUUACUCUAAAGAACUUGGUUACAGUUGAGCUUGUAUCAUUGUGCAUUUUCUAUUACAAAAACAAACUAUGACGAUUGAAUAGACACAGAACAAUAUAAAGCCAGCACAGAAAAGUAACUGAAAUGGUGUUGAUGUAGAGUCAUGUUGUAGUCCUUAAGCCAUACCUCUGCUGUAGUCUAUAUUGCAGCUGUUUUCAGGGAGUAGACCCAACAGGACCUUGAACCUGGGUCCAGCGACUAUCCACCCAACACCUUAGCCGUUACACCAAGAGGCCCACACCUCUUGUCGAGGGUGCUAGGUUGGCUUAAGGUUGCUUCAAUAUUUACAUUUAAUACUGAGAAUUAGACACUUUCCCCCCUUGUUAACCAAUGCUUUUUGAAGGAAGACAAUUUCCAAUAUGCUCAAAAAGAAGUUUUUUUUCUUCUGUGCGCUACUGCUGGAUAACUGAACCUAGGGGCUCAGAGGGAAUUGAGUUUGGCUGAAGUGAAGUAGGGUGGGUUUUCUUCGGUUAUGGGGUUGGAUUUGUAUUUGUGUUGGCCAUCUGGUUUAUUGGCAGAGGCAGUUUUCCCCACAGCUCUGGUUUCACCAUACAUUAUGCAUGUGUGUUUGUCAGAAAGAAAGAGAGAGAGAGAGAGAGAGAGAGAGAGAGAGAGAGAGAGAGAGAGAGAGAGAGAGAGAGAGAGAGAGAGAGAGAGAGAGAGAGAGAGAGAGAGAGAGAGAGAGAGAGAGAGAGAGAGAGAGAGAGAGAGAGAAGGAGAAGGAGAAGGAGAAGGAGAAGGAGAAGGAGAAGGAGAAGGAGACCGAGACCGAGACCGGACGAGGGAAGCAAUACAGCACCAGAGAAUAGAGGAACCAGUGAAAGUGAGAGUGAGAGAGGAGGAAAGAGAGGGUCAGAGAGUGUAUGUGUGAGAGAGGAUAAAAUCAUGAAUAUAACACACAUUUUCGUUGCAAAAUGUUUUAUAACCUAAUGAACACGACCUAGGCCUACCUGGGGAUUCCUGGUAAUAUAAUCAACAAUUUAAGGUUAGAAUGUUACACCAUGUUCUUUUGGCAAUGGUACACCAUUCAUCUGGUGCAAAUGCUCUAGUGCUCCAAAAUUAAGAUUUAUUAAAGAUAAAGAGAGAAAAUCUGCCCAUGAUCAAAUUCAUUCAACAUUCCUGUUGCAUCGCCUUAUUUUGGCUUCUGUAAGGAGUUAAAGUAUUCGUUCACUAUUAUAGAACCAUAUCUCUAUUUUGGAUGUAAAUGACAUGUUAUAGAAGGGUCCAGAUACUUCUUUAGCGAUUUCACUUGGUUUUGAGAAACAUACUUCUCUAUGUAGCACAGCUGGUAACGGAAACCGCUCGAGUCGCAUAAAAUGGAAUAUAAUGUUGCGGAUAAAGUUUGGAAAUGCAUAAUUUCAUUUGUGUACAACAUCUAAAGACCUGCAUCACUAUGCUGAGAGCUUUGUCGUUUCUAAAAUGACUUAUUUGGGUGGUUUGGAGCCUUUGUUUUUCUGGAGCCCCCAUACUGCAGAACGAGCAAUAAGGAAGUCUAUUGCGGAUGCGGUAAGAUGCCAUUUACAUCCAAAAUACAGAUUGGGUUAAAAAUUGUGAACCACUCCUUUAAAGCUUUCCUGAAGCCAAAAUAUAUCAACAGGGAACUUCUUUUAUCAAUACUUUUUCAGUAGUUGGCUGCCUAUUGGACAAGAGUGUAGUUAAAACAUUAUUUGAUGUAGCGGUUGGUUUGGUUUUAGUCAAUACCUGGAUGGGGUGUUGUUAUUGAAUUUCUUUCUGCACCUGUCGGAUCUAAAAAGUUAAAUGCCCUCACACCUUUAAGGAUUGCUUGCAAGUGCAUUCUAGGAAAUGUUGAAUAAUCGUUCAAAGAAAUUACCCCCCAUCACUUGUUGUUUAUUUUUUGCAAAUGUUUGGGCCUCACAGCCUUUAUCAGAGCUUUGAUUGGAGUCAACGCCACGGCCAAUAGUUUUUAUUGAAAUAUUUAUGUGGACUAAAAGACAUUCUGCAACUGUUCAAUCUGCCUUGCCCUAUGUAAACAACAGUUGAUGUGUUUGUUUCCAGCUCACACGGUCAGGGAGUAACUCCUGGCUCUGGGUAUGAUAUCAGACCCAACGUCCUCAGGUUGACUAAGGCUCAGGGAUAUUAUUAGAGGGCAGUAAUUAGGUCUUGGAUUUUCCACAGUAUCAAUGCUCUGGCUGAUUGGCUUUAGUGUAAAUGUGAUAUGCUGGAACACCUUUGAAGGUCAAGGGUCUAGUUUCUCAUUGAGGGAUUAAGAGCAGACAGGAAAUUGUUGGCAGUAGCCUUUGUGACAGAGUGUGUCAUGGUCUCUAUGGCUCCUAUAGAACCUCUAUAUAAAGCUAAUGACUUCCACUUCCAUUCUCCCCUAUGCUGAAUCCUCUGUGGGCCAUGAUGUCAUUGUAAAGUCUGGGUAAAGCGCUGAUGUUGUAAUCUUUCGUAACCUGUGCUAUUUCUUUCUGGUCUUGUUUUCGAAGUGCAAUCCCAUAUGACUGCAAUUUCUACAGUAUAUUGCCCCUAUGUCACUUUACUCUUUAUAAACUAUUUGUGAAGUGCUGGUGUUGUCUUGCUCUUUUUGGCCCUGUGUUGUGUGUCUUAGUCAAAGCUUCAUUGUGCCAUCUGCCCAGUGAUAUAUAGUCUCUUUGAGGUCAGAAAGUAAAGCACUUGUGCUCUCUUGCCUCUUAUGCCAGAUUGUACGUUUCAACUUGAGCUCUAUUGCCCUAUCUGCCCUGGGAUAUUCUACCUGAUAGUAAAGUCUAAAAUAAGCUCUUAAGGGGAAUCCUAUCCUUCACUUGAGUGAUGUUCUUCUAAGUCUCCCACAGACAUCCAUGCAUGACUAAGUGAAAUUUUGACUUAAGUGGAAGUUAAGAUUCACCACACAAAGACUAAAGGUUCAACAGAAUAAACACAGGUAUUCUCUUGCCCCUUUUGCCCCUGUUAGUAUAGCACCUUUAACAUGAAUUACCCUCCUUGCCCCUCUUACCCUCUUUGCCCCUUUUACAUUUACAUUUCUGUCAUUUAGCAGAUGCUCUUAUCCAGAGCGACUUACAGUUAGAAGUGUAUCCCAUCUAACGUUCUACUGCCCAUCUCGCCCCUCUUACCCAGGUGGCCCAGCUGCCCCUGUCGGUGAGUGACGGCCGCUGGCACCACAUCUGCAUCACCUGGACGACGCGGGAUGGCUUCUGGGAGGCAUACCAGGACGGGGAGAGGCUGGGCACUGGGGAGAACCUGGCCCCCUGGCACCCAAUUAAACCUGGAGGGGUGAUCAUCCUGGGACAGGAACAGGUGGGGCUCAGCCAGGCUCUGAUGUACUCCCACCGGAGAGAGAGAGGGGGAGGGUGUGUGUGUGUGUGUUCCCCCUGGGGAGGGAGAGAUGAACAGGGGAGAAGGGGGAAGCAAGGCUCUUGUCACGCUAUCAACACCCCUUUACCAUUACCUCACCUCUCUGCCUGCCUUAACCAGUAUCAGCACACACAACACAACAGCAUUCCCCAUGGGAGAUACAUUAUUAGUGUGACACUCCAACAGAUAUCUCUAUGAUAGCACUUUACUAUCUCUACGGUGAUGUACUACAGUACACUGACUGUAUAGAUAAUUCCCAUUGGGACCCAUUAAUGUAACACUACAUAGCUGUUGGGUCACAUUGGUGUGACUACUUUGUUUAGCACGUGUGGUACUAGUCUAUGUGGAAAGCUGUAGUGCAUGUAGUUUGUCUUUCAUGGGCAAAAUUGCAAUUGCAGAGUGAAAUUACAGACGCACAGAGAAAACCAAUAGCAGAGCAAUAGAUCUGUCACAUCUAUCAGGCAUUAUAUUCAAUUUAUUCGAUUGUCAUUCUGUUCCGGCUUUAGCCAAAUUGUUGAUGUCUUUGAAUUCUUGUUGAACGCAGAAACAAUUAAUCACCCAAGCUAUGACGUUUCUGCAUACUGAUGGAAUUUUAAACACAGUCCCUCUCCCUCUACAGGACAUCGUGGGGGGUCGUUUCGACGCCACCCAGGCCUUCGUUGGUGAGCUGAGCCAGUUCAACAUGUGGGACCGGGUCCUUCGGCCUGUGGACAUCAUGGGAAUGGCAAACUGCUCCUCCUACAUGCCCGGAAACGUUGUUCCCUGGAUCGACACCAAUGUAGAAGUCAUGGGAGGAGCAUCCAAGGCGGCGUUGGAGAUCUGUGAGGACCGUAUGUUCGAACCAUAAAGCAGUUGGAUGUGUAACAUUGUUAUGGCAUUGGGUUUCGAAGGUUCCGGAGGAUUGAGAGGUGGUUCUGGUUCCGCGCUCUCUGUGCUGCAUCAGAAACAACGCUCAAGGAGGAUAAAGGGCUCAACGGGUAUUGACUUUGUUUACAGACCUAUAUAUAGUAAAUGGGUCAACUUUGGUUUUCCCAAUGUUUUUUGGUGUGAUUUUCCAUGCUUAAGUACAUGGCUCACAAGUUCAUGCCCAUUCCAACGUGAUUCUAACUAUAGGAUUUUACAGAGAACCCACUUGAGACUGAGGACUCUAUACUCUGUAUUCUGUCUUUUUUUCCAUUUGACUUAGUCAUGUUAGAAAACAGCUCCUCUCUAAGGCAUUUCAAACACUGAUAAUCGAGCACUGUACUGUAUUCAGUGAAUGUGAGCUAAUAUAUAACCCAUGGAAGCCUUCAUUGUGUUGUGUGGACAGCCAUUUCUGAGUUGCAUGGCAAACUUCUACGGUACAUGAUUUGAGCUUGUGUUCCUUUGCAGUAGAAAGAAUCCCCAGGUUCCAGAGAGGGCUAUUGAUGAGUAUAGAAUAUUAAGGCAACAGGUGAAUAGACCAUUGACUUCUGAUUUGGAGUCAUUUUAAAUGUGUGCAUGUGUUUUGACCUGUGUACUGUACUGUAUGUGUGUAUGUGUGUGUAUAUGUACAUGCAUAGGUGUGUGUGUUUACUGUAAUGGCAGUGUGUGUGUG